AUGGCCGGUCGCGCGUACGGCGUGAUUCAGCAACAUCCCGUCUAUCGGGGGUCCUGUGCCGACGCCGAUGCCAACGCAGAUGUUCAUGCAGGCACAGACCCAAAGACCACGCCCGGAGGAGUGAACAACGCGAGAAGCCUAAGUGCAGACGCGGAUCUCCAUAGUAUGCCUAUGCACAAGUUCACAGCAUGCAGUCGCUGCCACGCCAAGAAGAUCAAAUGCUCCGGAGGCAAACCAUGCCAAGGUUGUCGUCAGAGCGACGUAGGCGACGCAUGCUCGUAUCCGGAGAGCAAUAGAUCCGUCAAGGUCAAACAAAGAUUCCUGGAUAAACUCUGCGAGGAGAUUAAACAGCUUCGGCAGCAACAACAACAACAAGGACAGCAACAGCAAGACAAUAUUGGGAGCAUCAGUAGUAACAAGAGCAGCAGCAGCAAGAACAAUGAUGGCAAUAGCAAUUACAGCAAGCAUCGGACAACUCGACCGACAACAGAGCAGCAACAGCAACAACGACCUGGCAAAGAAAACAGCAGGUCGCAAGAGGUCUUGUCCAAUGGAGCAAUUUCUCAGGGAGACACCUCGCCGCGCACGAGACCGGUAAGGGCUUCCAUGUCCGUUGCUGGAGCAGAACCCGGGACCGAGGAAGCCGAGGAGGAUUUGGACAUGAGCACAAUGCCCCUCAGUUACAGUCGCGCACAAGGUUCCUGGUUCGACAAUCGCAAUGUAUUUCAGACAGCCGUUCUCAUCGGCGAGACGGCCGAUACGGCGUUCGCCACACGCUUUCGUCAGACCAUCGCAAAUCCUCAGGCACCUGAGCCACCCCAUCUGCUACGUCUCGACUACUUUACAGAUGAGGCACUGACGGGCUUGACCCAGUCUCCCGUCGCCUGGCCAUGUCCAUCACAAGCCCGGUUUCUCGUCGAGGCGGCUCUCAAGUACUUGGCACGGUGCCACUAUCUUGUACAACGCGAGGUGGUCACGGGAGUCCAAGGCACUGAAAUAGCCAUGAAUCCAGGCAGGGGCACGCCCGAGCUGCGAGCCAAAUUCUGGGUUCUGUUCGCCCUUGGGGAACUAUGCUCGGCCCGCUCACUGCCAAGUGAUGGUUAUCCGAGCGUGCAUUACUAUGCCCAGGCCACUAAGCUUCUGGGUCAGCUCAAAGAGCGUCCAGGGCUCGACUUCAUUGAGACACUCCUCAUGCUGUCACUCUAUUCGCUGGCCCUUAACAGGAGACACAGCGCCUACAUGUAUGUCGGCACCGCGAUGCGCUCGGCUGUCAUCAUGGGUCUUCACCUCUCUGUGCCUCAACACCAGCUGCCCGACCUAUUCACCAGGGAACACCGCAAACGGCUCUUCUGGACCACCUAUGCCUACGACCGCCGGUGGGCAGCACUGUUGAAUCUCCCACCAGUGAUCCAUGACGCUGUCAUUGAGGUGGAAUACCCAUCUGAUAGUGAUGUUGAGGUUCUGGGAUCGGUUGAAGCGGACCCAGGGACAUGCUGUAGUCGUAGCAGCAGAAGCAGUCACGACACGGAGCACAAGGUGGCGAGCAUCCAGCUAUCUCGCCUACUUAGCGGCGUUGUCGAUUCUGUCUAUGGUCUCAAGAAUCGGCACAAAGACACCCAACUACCCACUCGUGUUCAGCGCGCACUCAACAAUCUUCAGGAGUGGAAUGAGCACUUGCCGCCAUCCCUGCAGAUCAGCAAAGCCGGGCAGAGGCAGGAUAGCAUGGAAGCCGUCUCACUCCGCCUGUCAUUCUACCAAUGCGUCAUACUAGCCACCCGGCCCAUGCUUCUCUACUCACUGCGUCUGCAGGCUGAUCAGGCCAUACAGUCAUCGAGAACCGUCGAGCCCGAUGCCACCGAUGUCACUGUUUCUGCGACCGAUUUGCCCGCAACUGCUGUGGCACUGUCUGCAGCCUGCGUGCGAUGCGCACGCCACUCGGCAUAUCUCCUGACUCAGUCCUGGAUGGAAGGGUCUUUUGCAACUUUUGACUGUUUUUUUACUCACUAUCUCUUCUCCUCGGCGACCAUCCUCGCCGUUUCGAGCCUGCUGGGUGGCGAGGAUAGCGCCUCAGAUCGCGAUACGUUCGACCAGGCUGCAUGGCUCCUCAAGAAGUUGCAGGAGGCCGGAAACUGCGUCGCGCAAGAGUACUGCAAUCAUGUCCAGGCAAUACAAGCGGCUAUGGUGACCUAUCUCGGCAAGGUAGAACCGCUGAGCAGUGUUGAGACAGCAUCUUUCGUCGGUGGUAGUAACGCACCAAGCAAUGCUAACUUCCAACCUCAACUUCCCCAGCCAGUUGGUCCGCAAAACUUGGAUCCCACGGCGACGGGCUCGGGGAUUCCGUGGACUGAACCAUCGUUGUCGCAACUGUUGUCGCAGCCGGCGCUUGACGUGCAGUUCCUGGAGGCUGCGAUCGGCAACGGAUUUUCUCAGGGUCCGUACUGGUCGGACAAUGGGUGA